AUGGCUUCGUUCAUCGACUCCCUACCACCAGAUGUAUUUGAUCAGACGACUCUGAUUUCCCUUGCAUCCACUGUUGCCAUUCUCGCGAUUGCGUAUGUCGGGUCACUCGUCGCGCUUCCGGCCUCAACCCCAGCCAGCUACCGCGGCCUGUUCAUUUGGCACGGCUUCGAUGCGUUGAUUCAUUUCUUCCUCGAGGGUAGCUUCUUAUACCAUUGUUUCUUCUCAUGGAUGCCGCUCUCGUCGGUCAAGAACCCCUCGGCGCUCGCCGCCACGGCGCACAACUAUCUGGGAUACACCAACCGUGCUUAUGGAUCGCAGGCCGGCGGUGAUAAUCCGUUCGCGCAGCUGUGGAUGGUAUAUGCGAAGGCGGACAAGAGAUGGGCUGGUGCCGAUCUGACCGUAAUUAGUCUCGAGUUGCUCACCGUAUUCGUCGCCGGCCCGCUCGCCUGUCUCAUCUGCUACGGCAUCGCAAAGAGAGACCCCCGAACCAACAUUCUCAUCAUCAUUGUCGCGACCAUGGAACUAUAUGGCGGGUUUCUCACCUUCUGCCCGGAAUGGUUGACGCAGAACUACAAUCUCGACACGACCAACUUCAUGUACAAAUGGGUUUACCUUGUGUUCUUCAACAUGCUGUGGGUCUUUAUCCCCAUAUGGGCGAUAUGGAUUGCUGCUCAGGAUAUCAACGAAGCUUUCGUCGCGAGGGACAAGGCCCAGACGGUCAAGAAGACCAGAUGA